UGCUAUUCCAAUUUUGAUUUCUGAUUCCUCCAGUCCAGUACCAGAAAACACUGUGAUCGGGUUCUCUAAUUUGCAACCAAACAGCAGUCCUGUUAUGCACUUGUGUGAAUUUUGAUUUCGUAAAUGUCAAUUAGCUCCAGAAGUGAUAGUGAUACUCCCUUAGAUGUGGAGGAACUCUUUCAAAUUGGAACAAGAUGUAGACAGCUUAGAAAAGAAAAGGACAAAUUGAAAAGUUCACAAUCCCAAAGCUUUGAAUUAAUCCGAUUACUAGAACUACAUGAGAAGUCAAUGUUAGAUGCCCAUACAGAAGACAAGAAACACAUCCAGAGGUUGGAAAAAGAGCUACUGAAUUAUUCUCAAGAAAUAGAUUACCUUCAGGAUCAGCUAAAUUCGAGCAACACAGAGGUUAAUCAUCUGAAAAAAUGUGUUCACUGCCUUGAAGUGAAAUUAAAGGAGAUGGAAGAUUUACAAGAAGAGGUUUUAUGGUUAAGGGAGGAACUUCAGAGGUCCAAUUCGGAGCAGUUUUUCUUGAUGCAGGAACUACAGACUAAACAAUUGGAAUUACAGAAGUCAUCCUUGUCCAUAGAGAAAAUGGAGGAAUCAAUUUCGUCCAUGACAUUAGAGUCUCAGUGUGAAAUAGAAAGUAUGAAGCUUGAUAUGAUGGCCUUGGAACAGAGUUGUUUUGAGGCUAAAAAAAUCCUGGAACAAACUGUCGAUGAAAAAAUUAGACUGAGUAGAUUGAUCAAUGAGCUCCAGGUUGCAUUUCAGGAUGCGCAAAAACUUAUCAUCUCUCUAAAUGAGGAAAAUAGGGAACUUAAAAGGAAGCUUGAUACUACAUACAUGAACACUAGAAGUUUUUCUCAAAAGAUUGAAGACUGGAUUGAAAAAAAGGGCAGAUCAGAACUCAACCGUCAAUCCUCCCUGAGUGAACAAGAGAGUAAUUCUACUAUAUCAGAGGACAUAAGUUCUUAUGGAGAAGUAUUUGGUCCAUUUCUUGCAAGAUUGGCAAUGUUCUUGGAACCAGUUGCAGAUUUAAAAGGGGAGAGGGAGAAGAUGUCCCAUCAGAUGCAAGAAUAUGAAUUUCUUGUGGAGAAACUUAAGGGAGAAUUGAGAGAGGAAAAGUUGAAGGCCAAAGAAGAAGCAGAGGACCUAGCUCAGGAAAUGGCAGAACUGAGAUACCAAAUGACAGGUUUACUAGAUGAAGAACGUAAGCGCCGUGCUUGCAUUGAACAGGCAUCUUUGCAAAGAAUUGUGGAGUUAGAAGCCCAGCUUCAAAGGGAGCAGAAAGAACCCUUAAUUGCUGUCAGACAUCUCCCCGGAACAUAGAGGUUUUCAAAGUCUUUCAGAUUCCGUGGUAGAGAUUUGUCUUAAAGGUUUGUGCCAAUUUAUCCCCUUUAAGUUGCCCCUUUCAAUAUUAAAUUAUUUUAUCAAGUACUCAAUGUCAUCAGAGGGAAGGAAACUAUUGAAUUCAUAGUGGCAGUUAAAAUUCCAGCAUAUAUUCCUUUUCACAUGCAUCUGUUAGCCAAGUGGCCUUGUCAAUGACCUUUGACCCUAUUCUCUUGUACUCUUGAGGGGGGAGUUUUUUGUUCUCAAGGCUCGAUGGCUGCUUGCUACUCUAUCUGAAGAUUGAAUUUAAUGCAUGAGUCAGGAAGUAUUGUUCUGUUAAGUACAUGAGUUUACCUUUCUUCCAUUUCAUAUUAAAUAAACCCUUCUCUUGUCUGGCCCUGGUUUGCAUUACUUUGCAACAACUUCUAGCUUCCUCUGACUAGGAUGCAGGUGAGGCAAAAUUUUAAUGCCUAUUUUUAGGGGGGAGAAGACUUCAAGGAACAUUGUAAUGAUAGUCAGAAUGGAACAUGAUGGUAAUGUAAUGAGUUUCUUUCCGUUUGUUUUAAUUGUUAAAAGAGGAGAGAAGGAAAUUAAGGGAUCCCUUUGUGAGAUCACGGGAAAAGGAAGGAAAUUGGUUUAUAUUAUUAUGAAUUAAUCUCCAUUUUGAUCUCUUCUAGAU